GAUUAUUUUAGGCACCAGGAUUAUGAUAGUGAGUACAGGAAAAGUAAGGACAUUUAUAUUAAUAGCAUCUGUAAUUAAAGGCCUGUCGUACAGUAAUUCAAUUGUAUGAUAAUGUAAUGAUAAACAUUCUAGCCUAUACCAGACCUGGUCUGUCUCACUGGAUACUUUCAUUCAUGAAACCCACUUGGUGAAGUUCAUUUACAGAGGACAUUUUGAUAAAACAAAAGUGUGGCAGUGGGAUUGUAGAGAAAUAAAUAGUAAUAAAAGAUUUUUUUGUAACACUUAAAUAUAAGCAAGGACAGUAAAAAAUGUGGUAAAUGUGUGCAGUGAAAGUUCUACUUCUGUAAUAUAAAUGUGUUCAGAGAUGUGACUAUAGAAGUUUGUGGAAUAAAAAUCUUGACUUUCUGUGAGCAAAAACAAAAAGGAAAAAAACAACAACAUUAAACAACAGUUUAUCAUCUAAGGUUGACUCUGAAGUGAACUAAGUAAGGAAGGAAAUUAUCAGACAUGGAUAUCAAAGUGUUAAAGAUACUGAUAGUACUUGGUAUCUGUGUUCUGUCAAAUAUACAAAACUGCUUCUGUACAGAGGAGACUACUGAAGUUGCAGUGUGUCCACAAAAAUGUUCCUGUUCCCAGGAUUUUGUGGUAAUCCAGUGCGAAAAUAGUUUCAAAAUUGAAGGCCAUGAACUUUCAGGUGUGACUAAACAAUUCGUUCUGAAAAGAGAUUUCAUUGGUCCAGUUUUAAACCAAACUUUCAAACAGUUAGUCUCCUUGGAAACGAUUGACAUUUCAUACAGCAAAGUGAAUUAUAUUCAGAGCGGUGCUUUUGCUGGACUCUCAAAGUUGAAGAGAGUAUACCUGCAGGGGAACUUGAUUCAAAUGCUGGAUGAAUACCUAUUUAAGGAUAAUUUACUCUUGGAAGUUCUUGAUUUAAGUCAUAACUUGCUGUAUUACCUACAAGAUGAACCAUUUAGAUUUCUGCCAAAUUUGAUGAUGCUGAACAUUAGUUUUAACAAAUUGUCGUCUGCUAGACUUGGAAUGCGGUUUCAGGUGCCAACUCGUCUUACGCAGAUCGAUUUUUCCGGAAAUAAUAUCGAAAACGUUACAGCAGACGACUUUGCUACAACUCGAAGAUGGGAAGCUAUACCGAAGUAUUUGAACUUUUCUAAGUGUAAUUUGAAAUUCAUUGAAACAGACGCCAUUAAAGUUUGGAGGAAUUUGGAAUUUCUUGGACUUGCACAUAACAGAGAUAUUAUAUUUGACAAUAUUUCUCUCUAUUUAGAUGCAGUUAGUGAUGUGACACUGAAAAAGCUGGACUUGUCUAACACAGACAUUUCAGAUAAGAUCAACAUUACUGAAUUGACAACAGAAAAUCUGGGACCUUUGUCUUUGCAAGAGCUUUUCCUUUCAGGCAAUGGACUUGGUCACAUUGACAAAAACUUUCUGUCUUAUUUGACAUUAAGAAAAUUAGAUUUGAGUCAUAACAACUUAAAUGAAAUUGGGGAAGGCAUUGCUAAACUUACCCAUCUUAAGUACCUUGAUUUGUCACAUAACAAAAUUUCAUCUGUUCAUGAAUUGUUCAAGGAUAACCUCGGUAACAUGCAAAUUCUUAAAUUGUCAUGUAACAACCUUACCAAUGAAAGUGGUCUUGAUAUUGAAAAGGGGAUCAAACUUACUGAAGUAGAUUUGAGUGAAAAUUUCUUGGAGACAUUUUCUGUUCCUCCGCAACUUGCUAAUGUUGAAGUACUGAAUCUAUCGCGCAAUAAAAUACACAGUGUAAAUAGUGGUGAACCACUUGUAGGUCUUAAUAAAUUGAUGACUUUGGACUUAAGUGAAAACAAAAUGAUAGAAUUGCAUAAUUUUAUGUUUAGAGACUCAAGAAAUAUAAAGUUUGUAAGCUUUGCAGGAAAUGAAAUAUCGACAGUAAGCCAUCAAGCAUUUAUACCAAACUGUCCUAAAUUGGUUGAUUUAUCCAGAAACUUACUGGGUAAAAUCUACCAUUUUGGAUGGAACCAUAUUUCUGAGAUCAUACUCAGUGGAAACAAAAUUUCAGAAAUAGAGCCACAAGCCUUUUUUUUCCUUGAGUCUUUGUUUAAAUUAGACCUAAGUGGAAAUGAUAUAUCUGGCUUGGAUGUAGCGGUAUUUUCGCACUUAACCAAUCUAACAAACUUGUAUUUGCAAGGAAACAAUCUCAGUGAGAGUGUACCAAUUCCAGAUAUACUGGCACCACUUCAGAGCCUCCAUGUAAUUGAUCUAAGUUUCAAUAAUUUCACUUCUUUUGGCUACAGCCCAUUGCCGUUUUCCAAAAAUUUUGAUUUGAGAGAAAUUUCAAUAUCUGACAAUAAAAUAAGAGAAUUUUCACCAUAUAUAUUUUCAUCUAUUCAAAGCCUUCAAUCUGUUGACUUUUCAAGAAAUCCAUUUCACUGUAGUUGUGAAAAUGUGCCGUUAAAAGAAUGGUCACUGAAAACAAGUGUAUUUAUCAGACAUCAGGAAAAUUUGGGUUAUAUUUGUCGCUCACCAAAUAUGAGAGGUACCAAUACAUUACUGAACUUUGAAACUCGAACCUUCGAAUGCAGACGCUACUUAUUUUACAUUGUUGUAUUCUGUACAUCAGGAAUGGCAUGUAUGUUGAUAGCAGUUGCCACAGCAACCAUUUGUUACUGUUACAAAAAAAGAAAGAGGGGAGAAAUUGAUAUUGAAAAGAAAACAGAAGAAAUAGAUCUUAUAAGUUAUGACAAAAUGAACAAAUCGGAACAAGAAGCUGUUACUCCGGAGGAAUAUGUGAAAAGUAUUCGAGAUAAUUAUAUCAAAGGUUCACCAUCGGACACUCUGAUAGAUGUUGAGUUUGAAAAUCCGAAUCUGUUGAUUGAUAAUAGAGACGAUGAAAAAAUCAUAAGCAAAAAACAACCUCUUAAGGUAAAACGAGAAAAACACAAAUCACGAGUUUCUAAAGCUAAGAAUGAUCAUCAUAAAUUGACAGAUGCGAAGAAAUUGAAAUAUUACGCACAGUUAUAUGAUAUCUUACAUGAAACCAAUGCCAAAAAUGGAAAUAAUCACAAAAAGCAUGAUAAAAAGAACAUGAAAAAAAUUCUAGAGACUCUCGAGAAGGAAUAUAAGAAACGAAAUGAAAAAGAUGAUCUGAAGAAAAUGCUGAUAGCCAUGGAUAAGGAAUACAGGAAAAUCAAAGAAAAGAACGGACGUUCAAGGGGAAGGCAUCAUGGAAAGGAAAGGCACAAAAGGUCAAGGGGAAAUAAGGAGCUUGUAAGAAUGGUUUCAUUGCGACAGUCAAAAAGUAUGCCGGAUGUCUUGAGUUACGUUAACAGUCUCCCAAGGCAAAGGCUACAUGGAAAUGAUUAUCGAUAUACUCGGAUUCCCAUAUAUCAUAUUGACCAUGCAGAUAAGUCACAUCCCGGCUGGGCGAGAAGUAUGGUUGACAUCCCUAGAGGUCAUAGGUUAUCCAACGGGCUUUUAGGUGGGCACGGUAUGGCUAAAUGCAGACGACAAUCAUAUGAAAGAUUCAUUGAUGAUGACAGGAUUCCAGUUGGCUACCAUACCAUUUCAUCUGGGCGGCAAGCAAUUAUGGUGGACAGCAGGCUGGCGGAAAGAUCAAGAAGCUCAAAUCAGGUUGGUCCUAGAUUGAGCAGGGAGAAAUUGCUAGCUGUAGAAGGGCACGAAGGGUUUUCGGAUGUCAUUGAUGAUUCUGGAAUACCUAAGAAAGCAAAAAGUCCAGAUCAGAUUAAACGCAGACUAAGAAGGGUGCCAUUUGAUGCUAACGAAGUUUGUAUAGAACCUCAAGGAUACCAUACAAUUGCCACUGUGCACGGGUCAGCUAUGGCAGGAGAUGAUGUAUAUAGAACAAAUUUGGGGCUUUUAAAAAAAUCAAAAUCCUCCAGAAGUGACGGUCAGCUGAGUCCAUGGGUAUAGCAGAACAUGUUGAAUUAUGAUUUUGUUUAUUUUAAAAAGGCUAUUAAACAAAUUUAGGUUAUAGAAUUACAUUAUUCUAGGUAGAUAGUAUGCUUGCAAAACAGGACUACCCUUUAACAAAUUGCAAAACUUCUAUUCAGGAAGCUUUAGUAAUGAUGAUAUGUUUGUGCAUUAGGCAUGGAUUGUCUAACCAUUUCAAAGAUAUCUCUAAAUUCUUAUGAUAGGGAUGCUGUAAUAGCAGAAAUUUUCGCGAGGGUUUAAUUUUUCGCUAUUAUACGCAAGGCUCUACAUCUCACGAAAAUUAAACCUCGUGUAAAUAUUCACCAUUUUAUAAUUUAGUAUAAUUCAAAUUCAAGUAGGAUACCACUUUUACAAUUUUGUGAAUUUUAAACCUCGCAAAAAUUUAAAAUUUGCAAAGUUUUGACCCAGCGAAAUAUGUGCUUUUACAGUACAUGUAUGUACUUCUCAGCUACUCAUUCACAUUGCUAAUUGAUGAAAUAAUUCAUAGCACUCACUGCAUAUCACUCAUUACGAUUCAUAGAGCUUUGCAAAUCUACUUGUAAAUUGUGUAAUAAUUUCUAUUGUUGUUUUUAGCUUGACUUUUUGAAGAAAAAGUACAGCUAUUGCACUCGCCCCAGCGUCGGCAUCAGCCUCGGUUAAAGUUUUUGAUAGUUAAAUAUCUCUGUUACUAACAAAGCUAUUGACUUGAAACUUAAAGUAUUUAUUAACUAUCAAAGUCUACAUCAGGAGAAACAAUCCCCAUAACUCUGAUUGAAUUUUGACAGAGUUAUGCCCCUUUUUAACUUAGAAUUUUUAUGUUAAAAUAUGUUAAAAUAUUUGAUAAUGUCAAAUAUCUCUGUGACUAUCAAAGCUUUUGACUUGAAACUUAAAACAGAUAUUUACUAUCAAAGUCUACACCAGGAGAAACAAUCCCC